AUGUUGAAACGUUUAUUACGAAGACGUAUGGUGAAUACAUGCGUAGUUGGCAACUGGCAACGGAGUAAUAUGACCAGUGCUGACCCCACUGAUGCCAACAUUGCCAGAAGUUUCCAAGACAUCCCUGGACCAUCCGGAAUCUAUCAGUGGCCAUUCAUUGGUCUCCGGCUGCAGCUGAAACCAUUCACCGAGUUUAAAAUCACUCGCCUCGAUCAACUGAUGAUGGACUACAAACGGCGUUAUGGUCCUAUCUGUAAAGCACGCAUGGGCAAACGGUGGAUGGUGUUCCUGUUUGAGCCUUCAGUUAUUGAGAAAGCCUUCCGUACGGAAGGACGCUAUCCACAGCGACCGUCUAUAAUGAUUCUGGAACAUUUCUACAAGGGUCAAGCAUGUCCGUCAAUAUCUAUUUUACAAGGGAAAGAAUGGUUUGAAAUGAGACGACCACCUCAAAUGACAUUAAAAAAGCCGAAGAACCUCUCAAAGUUUAUACCCCAAUUGAGUGAGGUUGCUGAUGACUUUGUGGAGAAAUUCAGAAACAACCAUAUAAUGGAGGAUCUACCGUUGCCUUGCCUAGACUUUACCACAGAAGGGGCAGGUACAUUAUGUUUUGGUCUGCGACUCGGCUGCCUGAAUAAGACAAGUGGAAACGACGCGACCACCAUAUUGAAACAUGUGCGAGGUGUUUUUGGCGCCAUUGGAGAAUCGAUGUACUCACUGCCUUGGUUCUUGUUGUAUGAAACAUCCUCCUACAGACAAUUUGUGGAACACAUCGCUUUCUUGAGAAGAAUGGCCGAUGGACAUUUGCAAAGGGCGAAACAUGAACUGAACAACAGAACGACUGGUGAUGAAAAGGCUAACCUAAUGUUGGAUAUGAUAAACACUCCAGGUAUGACUUCAGAAAUGAUCUCCAACAACCUGGUGGACCUUUUUAUAGCUGGAUUGGAUUCGACGGCCAUGGCGAUUACUUUUCUCUUUUAUCAACUGGCACGGAAUCCAGACAAACAAGAAAAGCUGUUCGAGGAGAUCCGAGAUCACAUCCCUCCGUCUGGCCCUAUCAGUGAGGAUGCAUUGUUACACCUUCCAUACCUUAAGGCCUGUCUUAAGGAGUCAUUCAGGCUAGUGUUUCCUGUAUCAAUCGGAAGUUCAAGGGUACUACAAAAAGAUAUCCAAUUACUAGGAUACCAUAUUCCCAAGGGAUGCGUUAUCGCCGGAGGUAACAGUGUAAUAGGGAGGGACAAGGAAUACUUUAACGACCCGGAAAUGUUUUUACCUGAGCGCUGGCUGCGUUCGGGACCAACGCAUAUACACGCUUUUGCACAACUGCCGUUCGGAUUUGGUCCUCGGGACUGUAUUGGUAAACGCUUCGCAGAAAUUGAAGUUUACAUAUGCGUAUCAAAGAUUGUGAGAAACUACAAAAUCAUCCUACCGAAGGACGUCACUGAGGUACCAUAUAUAUAUCAGAUGUUUGCGAUCCCAGAGAAACCUUUCUCACUGCAUCUCCUGCCCCGAUCGACAGGAUGA